UAGGCGGCGCGGAGCACGCCUCCAGGUCGCUCAGCACCUCAGCUCCUCAGUUCUCCGCAACCAGCGAGUCCGCGCGCCUCUUGUGGGCUGACAGAGUAUACUUCAUCCCGACCCUCCCAGGAGGCAGAGCCAAAGAUCGGACCUCAGAUCCAGAAACCUAUUCAACCCCCUCGACCCAGGAAGCCAGAAGCAGGGUUACGGCGAGACUGGGGCGACGUACUCUUCUCUCCUUAGGAACUGCUACUUUUCUGUCUCCCAACGGCAGUCGUCGCGUUGGGAGAGCUGCUCAACCGAUUCUUUAAAUUUACCCCCUGCGGGGCGUGGCUUACGUCCUCUAGCCGCGCGGCGGUGGAGAGUUGGCCUUGACUGGGAGUGACUCUCGUUUGGUGCCUUAGGAGAGCAAGAGUGUGAGGGCCGAACUUCCUUUGGAGGAGAUGCCUUUAAAUAGUCAUCCAUAGCAGCGAUAGAAACAGCUUUGUGUUGCUUUGUUUUGUUUAUACCGAGUGGUUUUUCGGUGAAAUGCUGUUUUGGUUAAAAGAAGAAAUGGCCCCUCAGGAGUUCACACGGCGACUGGCCACAGUGAUCACUCAUGUCGAUGAAAUUAUGCAGCAGGAAAUCAGGCCCUUGGUGGCAGUGGAUAUAAUUGAACAACUUCACAGACAAUUUGCCAUUCUUUCAGGAGGCCGAGGGAAAGAUGGUGCCCCCAUCAUCACUUUCCCAGAGUUUGUGGGGUUCAAGCACAUCCCAGAUGAAGACUUCCUGAAUGUCAUGACCUACCUAACUAGUGUCCCCAGCAUGGAGGCUGCCAGCAUCGGGUUCGUCAUUGUCAUCGACAGACGGAGGGACAAGUGGAGCUCCAUAAAAGCAUCCUUGACACGAAUAGCUGUAGCAUUUCCAGGAAACCUGAAGCUCAUAUUCAUUCUUCGUCCAUCUCGCUUUAUCCAGAGAACAUUCACUGACAUUGGCAUUAAGUACUAUAGAGAUGAAUUUAAAAUGAAAGUGCCGAUUGUUAUGUUAAACUCCAUUUCUGACCUUCACGACUACAUUGACAAGAGCCAAUUGACAGAGGACUUAGGGGGAACUUUGGAAUAUCACCACAGUCAGUGGAUAAAUCAUCGAACCGCCAUUGAAAGCUUUGCUCUGGCAUUGAAGACCACUGCCCAGAUGCUUCAGACUUUUGGGGCCUGCCUGGCUACAACAGAGCUGCCCAGAAGCAUCCCUUCCACUGAAGACCUACUCAUGUCCCACAUGAGGCAGCAGAACAAGUUGCAGGAUGAGCUGAAAUUACUUGGAAAGCAAGGGGCCACAUUGCUGUCAUGCAUGCAAGAACCAGCAACCAAAAGUCCCACCAGCAAACUCAGUCUCAAUGAAGUUGAGAAUGUAGCUACCGUGGAAAGGUUAUUAGUUCAGUUGGAUGAAACAGAAAAAGCCUUUAGUCAGUUCUGGUCUGAGCAUCAUCUGAAGCUUAAUCAAUACCUACAACUACAACACUUUGAACACAAUUUUUGUGAGGUUAAGCUAGCCCUGGACAACUUGUUGGCAGAGCAAGAAGAGUUUUCAGACAUCGGAGACAAUGUGGUGCAUGUGGAACAACUUCUUAAGGAACACAAAAAACUGGAAGGAGAAGGCCAGGAGUUCUUGGAAAAGGCCCAGCUGCUUGCAGUAAUUGGGGACCAGCUUAUCCAAAGCCACCAUUAUGCAGUGGACUCCAUCAGACCCAGGUGUGCGGAGCUCAGGCACCUUUGUGAUGACUUCAUCAAUGAAAACAAAAAGAAACAUGACAUAUUAGAAAAGUCCUUGGAGUUGCAUAGAAGGUUGGACAAGGUCAGCCAGUGGUGUGAAGCAGGAAUCUACCUCUUGGCUUCCCAAGCUGUAGACAAGUGCCAGUCCCGAGAGGGCGUUGACAUUGCUUUGAAUGACAUUGAGACAUUCCUGGGCACAGCGAAGGAGUACCAGUUGCCCAGUUCCAAGGACUUUUACAACCAGUAUGAGCUGAUGCUCACUCUUGAUAUAAAGGCUAAAGCCCAGAAAGUUCUGCAGAAGCUGAGUGACGUGCAGGAAAUAUUUCACAAGAGACAAAUGAGUCUGAUGAAACUGGCAGCCAGACAGACUCGCCCAGUGCAACCCGUGGCCCCCCAUCCUGAGUCCUCCCCAAAAUGGGUGUCACCAAAAAUCAGCCAGCCCUCCACCUUGGUUCCUCGUCAGAAAACAUCUGAGGAACCUUAUGUGGAGACAGAUUUAAACUCAGGGGAAAAGGAAGAUAAUGAGACUAAAUCUGAAGUCAAGAAUGCAGAAAUACUUGAAAGCAGUCAUGAUGCGGAGAACCCUGAGCCAGAGCAGCCUGACAGUUCCAAAAAUCUUUCUCCCAGCAGGCAUAUUAUACGUGACUUGCUUGAGACUGAAGAGACUUAUAUAAAAGAGAUUAAGAACAUAAUUGAUGGAUAUAUCAUUCCAAUGGAUUUUAUUUGGCUGAAGCAUCUAAUUCCAGAUGUUCUGCGGAAUAACAAGGAGUUUCUCUUUGGGAACAUUAGAGAAAUUUACGAAUUUCAUAACAGGACUUUUCUAAAAGAAUUGGAAAAAUGCACUGAAAACCCUGAACUUCUGGCACGUUGCUUUCUCAAGAGAAAAGAAGAUCUUCAAAUAUAUUUUAAAUACCAUAAGAACCUGCCCCGAGCCAGGGCAAUCUGGCAAGAAUGUCAAGACUGCACCUACUUUGGGGUAUGCCAGCGUCAACUGGGUCACAAUCUCCCUCUUUUUACGUGUCUGAGAGAACCAAGUCAGAGACUUGUAAAGUACCAGAUGCUGUUGAAGGGGCUGCUGGAUUUUGAGUCUCCUGAGGAUUUGGAGAUGGACCCAAGUGAUCUAGAAGGAGGUUCGGCUAAGAAUGAGCCAAAGAGGACCAAGGAUUCAGCCUUCUUAGCUGACCUACAACAGGCUUUGGCCAUGAUGGAGGAUUUGAUCAAGUCCUGUGAAUUGGCCAUGGACCUGGCAGCAAUCACUGGAUGUCCGGAUGAUAUUGGAAAACUCGGCAAGUUGUUGAUUCAUGAUUCUUUCAACGUUUGGACAGUUCACAAAGAUCGUUAUAAGAUGAAGGAUUUAAUUCGAUUCAAGCCCAGCCAGAGGCAAAUCUAUCUAUUUGAACAGGGAAUAGUGUUCUGUAAGAUACAGAUGGAGCCCAGUGACCAGGGCCUGUGCCCUCACUACAGCUUUAAGAAGUCUGUGAAGUUGAUGACACUUUCAAUUCGCCAACUUGGAAGGGGGAGCAACAGAAAGUUUGAAAUUGCCAACCAAAAUGGACUUGAAAAAUACAUCCUACAGGCAGCUUCAAAAGAAAUCAGAGAUUGUUGGUUUUCAGAAAUAAGUAAAUUAUUGACGAAACAGCAAAACAAUAUUAAAGAUGUUUAUGAAGAUGAAGACAAUGGCAGACAAAUAUCCCCAAAACGUUGCUCAAGCAGGGAGUUUAUCUCCAUGGAAACCUCUGUCAAUUGUGAAGGUGCAGAAGAUUUGGAAAAGGAGAACAGUGCCCUGAGUCUCUCGGGACUUUUUCGGUUGGACGACAGUUACGACGAGACCUCCAAGUCUGGUCAGCAGCAGGGAGAAAGCAUCCGGGGAGAGAAAGAGGGCUGCCAAGAGGAGGACACGGCCAUGAACGAAACUGAGGAGAGCCUUGGGAUGUCUACCGACUUGCUUGUCCCUGCUGGGGAGGCCAGUUUCCCCCGAGCAGAGGCAUUGCGGGCCCAGGAAGGGAGCCUGAGGCCGCCCUCCGCGGAGAACUGAUAC